AUGUAUGUUGGUCGUGGUGUGCCAAGAAAGGCUCCUGCAGUCAAGGUGCCAGUGUUCCAGUAUCUCAUGAUGCAGCUAGCCAUCUUCCAUAAUGCUCCGUUUAUGCAGAUUGUCUACGGCCAGUUCUUCCAGCUGCCACGAGUGGAGUGUUUCAGUCAUUGGCUGCGGUUGAUGACGUUGAGUGUUCAAUUUGAGAGAGAUCAGGGGCGGAGGCUGUACCAGGUGGUGGGAGCUAUGUAUUAUGUGUAUUCAAAGUGUCCUCGCUAG